CGGUUGUGUUGAUUUCGUUUGUUUAUUUACCGUUACCGAUAAUAUUGUGGUAUUCUAUCGCAGAAUAGAUGCAAUGCGUUUUGGUGUGAAAUUAAAGUGAUUGCAAAUUCUUUUCAUUAUAUCAUAUCACAUUUGUGAUUUGUUGUUUUCUUGCAAAAUGUAACGUUCAUGUUUAGGCACAAUGGCACGAAGCUCAUUUACCAAAUUAAGGAAGAAAUUUAUGAGAUUGCAUCCAAUUUGGCGUAUAUAUUUCGUUGGAUUAUUUCUUCUUGUUUUGUUCAACGAGAUUUUGAUCUACGUUCUGCAGAAACUCAAAUGGUCAAACAUAUAUUGCAAAAAUGACAAUUGUCUUCGAAUCCUGCUAGUAAGUGAUCCACAGAUUCUGGGCAAAUCUCACGACGGGCAUUUCUAUGCGAGAUUAGCGAAUUACGACUCGGAUCGAUAUCUAGCGUGGUACUAUGAGAAAGCCGUCGAGCAUGUCCGACCGGAUAUAAUAUGCUUCCUCGGGGAUUUGAUGGACGAUGGGAUGACUACGAACGAGGACCAUUUUGAGGAAUAUUACGCCCGUUUCGGUACCAUUUUUCCAACACAUACAACAGCUAAGACCAUUUACAUACCGGGCGACAAUGAUAUCGGCGGAGAGUAUGGAGAAGAAGUGAUGCCUUCAAAAGUAAGACGAUUCCGGCAGUAUUUUCGGGAGAAACCCGCGUGGGUUGUGAAUGAAAACAUUACGUUUUACAAUGUCAAUAGGAUUACCCACGAAAUGGUCAUGAAUGACCCUCGGUUGGUGAAAGAAAAAGGAAAGGAAGUAUCGGAUCAGUAUAUAAGAAUAUUUCUGAGUCACAUGCCAUUCCUGAGUAUACCGGGUUCCUUCACUUACAAUGCAAUUGGAAGACUUAGACCCCACAUUAUAUUCUCUGGCCACUUGCACGCUUCCCGUUAUGUCCGCAUACAUCGAAAACACUUACGAACCGCUACUUAUAAGCCACUUAGCAGUGACAAGAAAACAGCAUAUAAAGUACACAGCUUCGAUUUGCACUAUCAUCAGGAUACACAGGAACUGCUGGAAAUAGUGGUGCCCACGUGUUCCUACAGGAUGGGGGAACCCGAUAUCGGUUACGGUUACGCAGUUAUUGAUGGGUCCACCCUGAAGUAUACGGUGCUUUGGGCAACACAACGGUUCAAUCAGUUGAUCUCCUAUGCGGUUAUCCUUUCGGCGCCGAUUGUUUUGUAUGCCUCGAUUAUGCUAGCUAAAUUUUUAAAGUCAAUUUGCGUGUGCAGAAGGAAACACUCCAGAUUACCCCUUUGAGUACAUAUCGGCAUAGUUACCUGGUUUUUUUUUUCUCGUAUUCCAGAAUGGUAUUAGUAAAUUUUUCAAGACCAAAAGUGGCAACAAAGAUUGUGAUUUUUAUACACGUUUUAGUUUCAUUUUGUGCGAACAAUAAAAUGUGGAAUUUUUGUGAAUUUGAAA